ACAGGUGAGCUGUCUGAGGACCUUUCCUGCACUUCCCUCUGAUUCCAGGAAGGAUCUACUGCGACCGAGACUUCUCCAGCCCAGCAAGGAGCCCAGGAUGUUCCUGAAGGCUGUGGUGCUGAGCCUGGCCCUGGUGGCCAUCACCAGUGCCCAGGCUGAAGUCAGUGCUGACCAGGUGGCCACUGUGAUGUGGGACUACUUCAGUCAGCUGAGCAAUAAUGCCAAGGAGGCCGUGGAACAGCUCCAAAAGUCAGAAGUCACCCAGCAGCUCAACACCCUCUUCCAGGACAAACUUGGGGACAUGAACACAUACGCAAGUGACCUGCAGAAGAAGCUGGUGCCCUUUGCCACGGAGCUUCAUGAACGCCUGACCAAGGACUCAGAGAAGCUGAAGGAGGAGAUUCGAAAGGAGUUGGAGGAUCUGCGUGCCCGCCUGCUGCCCCAUGCCAAUGAGGUGAGCCAGAAGAUCGGAGACCACGUGCGUGAGCUGCAGCAGCGCCUGGGGCCCUUCGCGCAGGAGCUGCACACCCAAGUCAACGCCCAGACCCAGCAGCUGCGCCAACAGCUGACUCCCUAUGCGCAGCGCAUGGAGACCGUGCUGCGCGAGAAUGUGGGCAACCUGCAGGCUUCCCUGACGCCCUAUGCCGAUGAGCUGAAGACCAAGAUCAACAGCAAUGUGGAGGAGCUCAAGGGGCGCCUCACACCCUACGCGGAUGAGCUCAAGGUCAAGAUCGACCAGAAUGUGGAGGAGCUGCGCCGCAGCCUGGCCCCCUAUGCACAGGAUGUCCAGGAGAAGCUCAACCACCAGCUAGAGGGCCUGGCCUUUCAGAUGAAGAAGAAUGCCGAGGAGCUCAAGGCCAAGAUUGCUGCCAAUGCUGAAGACCUGCGGCAGAAGUUGACGCCUGUGGCGGAGGACGUGCAAAGCAAGCUGAAGGGCAACACUGAGGGCCUGCAGAAGUCCCUGGCCGAGCUGAGCGCCCGCCUGGACCGACAGGUGGAGGAGUUCCGGCGCAGCAUGGAACCCUACGGAGAGGACUUCAACCGAGCUUUGGUGCAGCAGAUGGAGCAGCUCAGGCAGAAGCUGGGUCCCUAUGCGGGGGACGUGGAAGGCCACUUGAGCUUCUUGGAGAAGGACUUGAGGGACAAGGUCAAUUCCUUCUUCAGCACCUUCAAGAAGGAGAGCCAGGACAAGCCCCUGGCCCUCCCCGUCCCGGAGCAGCAGCCAGAGCAGGAGCAGAAUCAGCCCACCCCGGUGGAGGGCUGAGCUGCCUCUGGUGCCCCCGACCCACCUCCACAGACACCUGCCCUGCCCUACAACCCGUCUGUCAUUCUGUCCCUAAGCAUUUCUUGUAUGAGCUUGAGGACACAUGUCCUGUAGAAAGUGAUGCCCCCUCUCACUAUUCAAUAAAAUUGCUGAGAAACUA